ACGUCACAUCCCCAAACAGAUAGCUUGUGCUUUUCAAAGCGGGACGCCACCUGAUGUCCUGGUCUGCUUUUAUCCUCUUUUAGAGCGCUGAAAUAAAGCCGGGGAGCCGCUGAAACAUGGCCGGUCUGCCUCCGGGGGACCCGCAGCUCGUCUCGAUGAUCGUCAACCAUUUGAAGACGCAGGGACUCUUCGACCAGUUCAGGAGGGACUGUCUGGCAGACGUUGACACAAAGCCAGCUUACCUGAACCUGAAACAAAGAGUGGACAACUUUGUGUCCAAUCACCUCUCCAAUCACACAUGGAGUCCUCAUCUGAACAAAAACCAGCUGCGGAACAACAUCCGGCAGCUCGUCCUGCAGUCUGGCAUGCUGGAGCAGGGGGUGGACAGGAUUGUGGCCCAGGUGGUGGACCCCAAAGUCAAUCACAUCUUCCGGCCGCAGGUGGAGAGGGUGGUCCGGGAAUUUCUGUCCCCGGGCAGCUGCUCUGAGGAGCCGACAGCUCCUCUGACACCAGCGGAGAUCAAGACGGACAUCGGCGUCCUUGAACAAGCUUCCUCGUCGGCUGCCACUCCGGUUCCAGGCGGCCACGCCAUGUCCAUCCUGGAAACCAUAACCUCUCUCAACCAGGAGGCAAGCGUCCGGGGCGGGAAAACCCAAGUUCUGGAUGAGCCCAUGGAGCUGGUGGAGGACAACGAGCAAGACAUGGAGGUCGUGGAGGACAGUGACAGUAACCAGGAGGGGAAGCCGCCGGAAGAGGCAGUGGAGGCAAAAGCGGCGGCAGACGUCCACGCAGCGGACGUUAAGACGGAGAGCCCGGAGGAGCAGAUGGACGCGGAGAAGGAGCAGCUAAAAGAGGAGGUUAAGACUGAGGAGGAGGACGCAGGAGCUGCGGAACAAACGGAGGAAAGGAGAGAAAAACCUCCAGGCAAACCGAGCGGGAAGGUCUCAGAGGAGAAGUCGGACGAUGAGGCGGGGAAAUCUACGAGCCAGGCCAAGCAGAAGGCCAGAGAGAGGAUUAAAGAGGAAUACUCUUUGGAGGACUCCGACCUUGACGGGCUGAGUGACAUCACAGUGAGCUCCGUCCACACCAGCGACCUGUCCUCUUUCGAGGAGGAAAGCGACGAAGAGGAGGAGCCCUCUGACUCUUCUGAAGAGGGCGAGUUUCCACCACAUGACGAAGGUGUAAAGGCUGAGGGGAAACACACCAGUGUGGAGACCGAAGAUGCGGACAAAGAGCACAAACCACGGCGCAAGGCAUAUGUCCACAAACCCUUCCUCUACUCCCGCUACUAUAGCGACUCGGAUGAUGAGGUCACUGUGGAGGAGCGCCGCCGAUCCGCCGCGAAAGACAAAGAAGAAAGGCUGCUGAAGAGACAGCAGAACCGAGAGCGAAUGGAGGAGAAGCGUAAACAGAAAGCGGUGCAGGCCGAAGAGCAAGACAGCAAAAAGGCAAAGAGCUCUGAUGCCGGCGGCCUGGAAGGCCCCAAAGCCAAAGAAGCCCGCAAAGAAAGGAAGGUUCUGGAGAAAAAAAUGGCGCUCAACAGGAAGCGGAAACUAGACUCAAGAAAAGAGGGAGAUGUUUCGAGCAAGAAGAAGGGAGACGCAGGGGAAGCGCCCAGGAAAGCGGAAGCGAAACCCUCAACGCCGAAGAACCCACAAGCCAAACUAGUGAGAAAUCUGUCCGAACCGGCGACCUCUGACGACAGGCUGGGGCGGACGAGCGGCAGCGUGUCCGAGGACUCCUGCGACUCCAGGAAGCCGCCCGACAGAAGCCGGACACACUCCUUCAUCCUGGAUCUGGAGCAGGGCUCCCAGGAGGCUCUUAAACAGCGCUCCUUUGGGAAAUUCGACCGCCUGCCCCGCAAAGAACGCAAGGAGAAGGACCGCAGCCAGUCCGACGAGCGCUCCAAGCUCAGGCAAAAGCACGAGAAGAAGCCUGAACAUCCGGCGGAGGAAGCGCCGCAGAAGGACGCCGGCGCUAAACCGUCCUCCGAAGAAAAAGUCGAGAAGAAACUUAAGCUCAAAAGUGAGAAGAAAGUUGCUGGGAUCGUCCGAGAAGGAAAGGCGAUGGAAGAGAGCACCGAGGAAGGAGGGUCUAAGGAUGCCAGGAAGAUAAAAGGGGGAUCUGUGGAGAAGGACAAAAUAAGGGAGAAAGACAAGAGCAAAGAAAAGGAAAAGGCUAAAGGGGACAAAUUGUCAAAUAAAGGUGAUCUGAAGCAGCUACUUCGCCCAGAUUCCGCAGGAUCCUCCGAGGAUCGCUCUGACAAGGAGCCCGGCUCUGACGGCGCCAAGAAGAGACACAAACACUCCAAGGAAGCGUUGAAAAGGUCCAAGAGCCACUCCGAGGAGAGACCGGGAGAGAAGCCCAAAUCCAAAGCCGACGGCGAGAAAGAACGGAGCAAAGCAGAUGGCCAGAAGACACACAGGCCGAGCGCUGAGCCGGAGAGGGAUUCCAAAAAAGCCAAGGCUGCGGAAAAAGAGAAGGGUACAGAAAAAUCAAAGGCGAAGGCCAAAGAGGAGGGAAAGGUGAAAACGGACAAGAAGCCUCAGAGUCCUGACGUCAGAGGCGCUGGGGGAGCCGGUGUCUGUAAAGCCGACGCGGCGAAAGGGAAGAAAAAAGAUGGAAGCACGAAAGAACAGAGGAAACUCUCUGAAGACGCUCCACACGACAAGUCGGAGCUUAAAAGUUCAAAGAAAAAGCUAGAGAAGAAGGACAGAGCCCCGGAAAAGAAGGGCGAGAGUCCGGAAACCUCGGAGGGGCCCUCCAAGUCUUCGGUCCUCGCCGCCGAGACAGAAGAGCCUCCUAAGAAACAAGCUCCUCUCCAAGACACCAGCACAGAGUCCGAUCCCAUCGCCACCACCGUCACCACGUCCUUCUCCGACGACACCUGCGACGCCUUGAGCGACAUCACCCCCGAGCCGUCCGAGGGAGAGGCGGACUCCCGGCCCGGCGAGAUGCCAGGAGUGCCGGCCGAGGCCGACGCCCUGCUGGCGCUCAUGGACGUCUGCGCGUCGGCCGAGGCCCGGCUCCCCCCCGACGCCCUGCAGAAGGAAGUCACCCCGGAGAUGGAGCUCCAGGACGCCGACAUGAAGAUGAAGGAGGCCGCCCUCACCCUGCUCUCCAUGGAUCCUGACAGCACCGUGUCCUCCAGCUUGAGCGUCCAAGACGGGAGGGAGGAAUCGCCGCAGAGCUCCCCCGACCGGCAGCCGACCGAAGCUGCCGCCACCGCCGAGGAGGAGAGGUGGCUCUAUCCGACGGAGGCGGCGCCUAAAACGGAGCUUCCCGUCACCCGAGCCCCGCCGGACGCGACUCCGGAGGCGGCCGCCGCGGACGAGAACCGGCGUUUCUCUGCAGCGGAGCCAACUCUUCAAGCUGAGCUCAGUGUCUCUGAGACGGCACUGGCUGCAUCUCCACCAACCGCAGCAGGUGAGGAGGAAGAGGAAGAGGAGGAGAAGCCGCUCCCUCCUGUGGAAGCAGCGCCUCAGAUGGAGCCCGUCGCCACUGAGACCUCGCUGACUGCGUCUCUCCAAACGGCUACAGCACAGGAGGAGAAGCAGCUCCGUCCCGUCAGCGAGGCGCCUGGAAGUGAUCUCGCCGCCACGGGAACCAGGCCGUCCUCACAAGCGGCUGCAGCUGAAGGGGAGAAGGAGCAGCUCUCUGCAGGUCAGACUGCCCCAGAAACCGAGCCUCCCGCAGCCGCUGCAUCCUCCGCUGCCUCCUCCGCUGCAUCCUCGCAACCUUCUGCGGCCGAAGAAGAGAAGCAGCCCUCCCCAGCGGAGGCAGCACCUCAAACUGAGCCUGCUGCACCCGAGCUCUCAGUGGCUGCAUCUCAACAUGCCGCUGCACCUGAAGAGGACGAGCAGCUCUCUACAGCUCAAACGGUGGCAGAAACCGAGCCUCCUGCAGCCGCCGCCUCCUCCGCCGCAUCUCUACAGACCGCCGCAGACGAAGAGGAGAAGCGGCUCUCCGCUGUGGAGCCAGAACCUCGAGCUGAGCCUGUUGCAGCUGAGGCCUCGACGGAUGCGUCUCAGCACUCUGCCGCAGACGAAGAGGAGAAGCAGCUCUCUCCAGAUCAAACGGCCCCAGAAGCUGAGCUUUCUGCAGCCGCUGCCUCAUCCGCCGAGCCUAUUACGACCGAGGUCCCAACGGCUGCGUCUCAACGAGCUGCUGCAGCCGAAGAGGAGGAGCGGCUCUCUCCGGCUCAAACAGCGGCAGAAAGUGAGCUCGCCGCACCCGGAGCCUCCUCCGCUGCACCUCUACAGACCGCUGCAGCCGAAGAGGAGGAGGAGGAGGAGGAGGAGCAGCUCUCUGCCGUGGAGCCAGAACCUGAACCUGGGCCUGUUGCACCCGAGGUCCCGAUGGUUGCACCUCAACAAGCUGCUGCAUAUGAGGAGGAAGGUCAACUAUCCUCUGUGCAAACGGCGCCUCUGACGGAGCGUACCGCACCUGAGAGUUCACCAGCUGGAUCCGAACAACCCGCUGCGGCUGAAGAGGAGAAGCAGCUCCCUUCAGUGGAGGCCGCGCCUCUGACUGAGCUUACUGCACCUGAGAGUUUACCUGCCGCAUCGCCGCUAGCUGCUGCAGCCAGGGACGACAAGCAGCUCCCUGCAGCUCAAACGGCACCAGAAGCCGAGGGCCCAGCGACCGAGGCUACAGCGGCUGCCUCUGAAGACGCUUCGGCUGAAGACGCGAGGCUACGCUCUCAGAGUGAAGCAGCACCCGAGGCCGAGAUUAGUCCCGCUGAGACCUCAUCACCUGCAUUACAUCUUCCUGCUGCAGACGAGCGCUCCGAAUGCCAGAUGGACUCAAGUGAGACGGACGUGGCAGAGACGGCUACUCCACAGGAGGAGGAGGAGGAGGAGGCUUCAGACAAAUGUGCAGCUCCUCUGAGGGACGAAGAAAGCGAAGCUGCUGAAACGACAUCGGAGACACAGGCGGAUGGAAGAAGAGCAGCAGCUGACAAAGACGGUGAGCUGGUACCUGUUGUUGCGGCAGAAACAGAAGAGAUCCCAGGAGAGAGUACUGUCGCAGCUGAUCAACUUUCAGCGUUUCCAGGUAAAUCAGAACAAGCUGCAGCCGCACAGACCAGCCUCGAGGCAGCGAAGGCAGAAGGGGAAGAAAACCAGGCGACGGACGAUGAACGUGAAACUGAGGGCAAGACAGCAGAGGAAAAAAAGAUGGAUCUGGAGAAAGUGGAAGUCGACAUCUCUGACAAAACCGAGUCUGGGGAAACCGACCCAGGGAUCAGAUUAGUCAAACAAAUCAGUAACGUCUCAAGCACCGACAGUCAGGAAGAUGAGAAGAGCUCAGACGUGUCAGAAAAGGAAGAGAAGACGGAGAGAAGAAGAGGGCGUAAAAGAAAGCGUUCAAUCAUAAUUGACGAUACCAAGGACGAAAAGAGCGAGCAGCCGUCUGUCGAGGAAAGCGAGCAGGAGAAGGCCGUCGAGUUACAAACGCCUCGUCGGGGACGAUCAUGCAGGAACACGGAGCCGGAGGAGAGGGACCAGAAAGAGCCAGAGAGAUCGGAGAAGACUCCGAGCCGAAGAGGAAGACGCUCGGGGGUCGUAGCUGAAGAGCCUACCGAUGAUAAUCUGAAGACGAAUGAGGCGAAAGUCGAGGACGACGCUGGUCAAACGGCACCUCUCAAAGAAGCAGAAAAAGAGAUCCCCGAACAUGAAAAUGAAGCAGAGAAAGGUAAUCAAGGUGAAAGUGAAGUCAGUCUGCCUUCUCCUGCCCCAGAGGAGCGCAAAGUUAUCGGACGGCCCGAUUCCCAGGAGGCCGCGGACACAUGUCAACCAGGAGUGAAGAGGAAGAGAUCAGAGGAAACCGAGGCGUCUGCAGAGGAAGGCGAGGCUCAGCAGGCGGGCGCAGAGAGUGAGCAAAAGCAAAGAGAGGAACAAGAUGAGAAAAAUGAUGGACUCGGCACUUCUGAGAGCCGUUCAGACGCCGUGGAAGCCCAAAGCUGCAGCCAGAAGAAGCCAGACGGUUCUGAGGAGCAGCAGGACCAAGAGGCGGCUCCAAAGAGACCGGCUCGGAGGGGACGGCCACCAAAGGCGGCUCCCGCUGCAGACGACUCGGGUAGCGCAGGUCAACCAGGAGUGAAGAGGAAGAGAUCAGAGGAAACCGAGGCGUCUGCAGAGGAAGGCGAGGCUCAGCAGGCGGGGGCAGAGAGUGAGCAAGAGCAAAGAGAGGAACAAGAUGAGAAAAAUGAUGGACUCGGCACUUCUGAGAGCCGUUCAGACGCCGUGGAAGCCCAAAGCUGCAGCCAGAAGAAGCCAGACGGUUCUGAGGAGCAGCAGGACCAAGAGGCGGCUCCAAAGAGACCGGCUCGGAGGGGACGGCCACCAAAGGCGGCUCCAGCUGCAGACGACUCGGUUAAAAAGGAGAGUAAACCAGAGGAGAAGGAAAGUGAGCAAAAUGAGGAAGAGGAGGAGGAAAGCGAGAAUGAAGACGAGGAUAAGGAGACUGCCACCAGAGCAACGACUCGGUCUGCAGCUCGCCUCGAGGCUCAAAGGAACAAGCCAAGUAAACCCUCCACCCGGGCGAGUCGACAGAGCGGUAAAGAGGAGACCACAGCUGGCACACGCGGGACCAGGGCCCAGGCUUCAGCCAAGGGGGGCCGUAAACGGGAGGCCAGCCCCCCUGCUGUGCGAACACGCGGAGGACCGAAAUCAGAGGAGCCCCCUUCGAAGAGAGCCAAGCGCUGAGACCUCUGACAGCGGUGGGACGGCGCGGCCCCUCGGUGUUGUUUUUGCGCCGCUUAUUCAGAGACCUAAGCAGUCGGUUCGGCGUUUAGAAAUUGUUAGUGCCUCAUUGACUGUCAGUAUUGAAAAGGCUCUGGAUAUUAUUAUACACUCUGCUCCGAUGGCUGAGCGUAAACCAGAGGAUCUGUAAGGAAUCCCCCCAGAAUCCCCUCUGCGGCUCCGCGCCCAUAUGGUUUGGAUCACACUCAUCAUUCCACGGUUUAUUCAGUAAUUCCCAGUGAACCGGAGCGUUUCAGACCAAUCAAAGGCCUAAUGCGCAGCCGAGCCGAGCUUUGAGAUAAAGAGGCAGAAUCAGGAUGAACUGUCAGUCAGCGGAGCGGCCACAGACGCCUCCGUUACCCCCGCACGCAGUCGUUAAAAAGGCGUCUAAUCUCCGCUGGGCGUCUUUUAUUUCCAAAUAUUCAUUCUGUGAAUGAAAGUAAACCGAUUCCCCGUCACUUUUCUGCCUUUGUGUCCGCCGAAAAGCAGCAUUGGUGGAAGAGGAGAGCUGCGGGGGUUUAGCUGUGAACCCGGUUUUCCCGUUGGCUUUUUGUAACUCCUGCUGCUGCAGAGGAGGAGCUCGCUCUUACGCUGCAAGUCCCUGCAAACGCGUUUGUUUCAUGGAUGUUUUGGUUGUUAUGAAUCCAUUUAAAAAAAGAAAAAAAGAGUUUUGUUUUUAUAAUAAACUCAUCUGGGCCUUUUUGUGUGAAUAUCUGCAGAUUUUCACUCUUUCCUGUUUUUAUUUUCUUUCAUUUUCAUCAACAUGUAUUUCCUUACAUGCAUAGAUUACCUGAUCAGCCCUUAUUAACUCGCUUUAUAGUUCACAAUGCCAAAUGUGUCGUUACAAUAUUUGAAUCUUUUCCUGUUUUUUUUUUUGUUUUUUUUGUCACGAUCACUGACUUCAACAUGUUGUACUGGAAUUUAAUGAGAAAGACCAACACUGAGUGCAUAAUUAUAAAGUAGACGUAAAACAAUAAAGGUUUUUCUAAAUGUUUUUUUUAAA